CACGGAUUUAUAAAAAGUGCGCACCCUUCCUGUCCGGAGUUGUUGCUAUUAUUUUGAUCAGGUUUGGUCAUGUAUCGAAAUGUUUUGGGUAGACUGGUGACAGAGACAGUCCGUGUUCAUGUAAAGAAAACACAUUUAAUAGAGAGGGUAAGAGCUGCCGCCGUGUCUGUCAGGACGUUUUCUGAUGUGAAGGACGAAGUGCAGCAGCCUUUCGACGCUUCCCUGCUUCACUUCCUAGUGUGUCCUCUGUCCAAGAAGCCACUUAGGUAUGAUGCUGACACCAAUGAGCUGAUCAACGAGGAUCUUGGCAUCGCCUAUUCUAUCAUUGACGGUAUCCCCAACAUGAUCCCGCAGGAAGCCAGACUGAUACAGAAAGACACCUCAACUACACCUACGCAGGGAUAGAAACUCCAUCGCAACUGCACCUUCAGCUGACCACAGACUGGAAGGUUUUUGUUUUGAAGGCUAUUGUUCUGAAUGAUACAGUACUUAAUACUGUCAUCACAUCCUGAUCAACUCUGUCCUUUUGAAUUGCUGUACAUUGAGGACUCAUACAUAACUCUUAUACAUGUAAUAAAUCACCUAAGAAAUUCACCAACCCUGUAGAAGACCCCUUCUGC